AUGCGCCCGGCGGCUUUGGUGAUAAAGAGAUUAGUAUUCGCGCGAUUCUAUCAUCCACACAAAGCGACAAAUCCACGAAACCGACGACGAGUUCAAUCAUCAUCGAGCUCCGAGAGGUUUUUGAGCAUCAUGAAAGGCGUGACUUUGCUUGGGAAUCCGGAAACGGAUGUUGACUCCCCUAACAAGAACAACCUCGAUGUUGAUGAUGUUGCCGGGGCUUCCUCGGAGCGACAUCCAGACACAAACAGAACGCGCGUUUUAUUCGUCGGCGACGGCGACUUUUCACUCUCAAAAGCGUUUGCAAAAACGAAAGCGACUUCCUGCGUCGUCGUCGCGACCAGUUUAUCCACCAAGAGUGAAAUCGAGCAAAAUUGGAAAGGAUACGAAAAUGUUCGAGAGUUGGAAAAUUUGCCAAAUGUAGAGCGCGUGGCGCACGGGAUCGACGCGACAAACACAGAAGACAUGAUGAGAUCGUUAUCCCCGAAUGAAGAUCAACAACAUCAACGAGCAAAAAGAGCGGAUGCUGCAGCGGAUGCAAUCAUAUUCGCGUUUCCACACUUACCCGGGAAAGGGAAGAUUAGCAAAAAUAGAGAACUGUUGAGGAAUUUUUUACUCGCCGCGAAAGACGAGAGGGUGAUGCGACCGAACGGGGUGUGCGAGGUGGCGCUGGCGCCUGGUCAAGGAGGGACGUUUGUCGACGGAGACGAAUCGAGGACGAUGUACGGUGAUACGUGGAAAGCGUACGAUAUGGGUGCGGACGUUGGGAUGGCGUUGAUCGAGUGCGAACGGUUCGACGAAGAGAAGUGGAGAGAAAGGUCGUAUAAGCCGACCGGACAUUGGAGAGGGUUGGACGACUCGAGGUCGUUUCGGGUGAGCAACGCUGUCGUGCACAGAUUUAAAAGAGAAGAAGAGGUUUCAGAGUCAGAUGGGAGUUGUUCGAGGUUUCAACGGAAGGAGGAGAGGUUUACCAGGGACGUGAGUUUAGCGAUCGAGAAAAAAUUGGUCGGCGCGAGCGCGGAGGAAAGCGAAGAUAAGAAUAAAGACGACGAGGAAAAUGGUAUCGUGACUUUUUUCGCGCCAGAUGGAGAGCAGUGCGCGUUUGCAAACGAUGGCACGUGCGCGUUUGCAAAUCGAUGCGAUAAAGAGAGGAAACCGUUGGAGUACACUCGAUUGAACCGGAAAGUUCCGUCGAGGUAUUUCGACCCGAAGUACCGAGGCAAGUGGUGUUGCGGUAAGUGUUACGUCAAGAUUUCGAAAGUUUUGCAGUUGCAAAAGCAAACGAAUGGGAUUAAGGACACCACGCCGGAGGAAAAGGAGUUGUUGGAAAAAAUUAGAGCCGUAGCGAUGGAGAGCGCGGAGGAAACGGCCAAGACGUGGAAGGUGCAUAAAAAAAUUGGAUUCACGGACGCGUUCAUCAUCGAUAGGUACGACCCGAAAGACGAGUCAAACGCGGUCGCUCGAAACGUCCGAUUACGAUAUCAUUGCGAACGUCACCCGCUCAACGGGAAAGAAGUGAACGAGAUUCAGCACGCUUUGCGAGAGAAGUUGGAAAGAGGACACCUAAAAGGCGUCACUUUACGAUGGUAUCGCCGAGAAGAAGACGAAAAGACGAAGAAGCAAAGAGUGUGA